AGACCAUGAAGGUGAAGCACAAGAAGGGGCUAUGGUCACCAGACGAAGACCACAAAUUAAGCACUUACAUUCUCAACCACGCCCAUGUCUGCUGGACCUCUGUUCCCAUUAAUGCCGGUCUGAAAAGGAACGGUAAAAGUUGCAGACUUCGAUGGAUUAAUUACUUGAGGCCUGGUUUGAAGAGAGGUAUGCUCAACCAAGAAGAGGAGGAAACCGUCCUAGCCCUUCAUUCCAUGUUAGGCAACAAGUGGUCUCAAAUUGCACUAUAUUUGCCUGGAAGAACUGACAACGAGAUCAAGAAUUAUUGGCAUUCACAUUUAAAGAAGAAAGUUGAAAAGUUAUCGGAACGUACUCAACGUGUUAGCGAAACAACUCAAUCUCCAAAUUAUAGUACUGAUCAGAUGUCCGUUUCUUCCAUUAAGACUUCGAGUAGUACCCAAAAUGGAACUAGCUUUGAUCAAUUGUAUGAUGAAACUUACAUUGAAAAAUCUUAUAAUUCUAGUCAAGUCAAGAGCAACUUGCCAAGAAUUAUGUUUGCAGAGUGGCUCUCGCUAGAUCAGUUCCAUGAUCACAAGAAUAAUUUGGUGUCGAUGGCAGACAUCAAUUCUAACCAAAACACAAUCUUUCAGGACAAUUUCUUCAAUGGAUCAUUAAUAAAUGAGGCUCCAUGUAUCGCGGAUUUUUGUCAAGAUGCAAGUUCAUCGGAUGAGAUGUUCCAACCUGUUCAACACAAAUCCGAGGAUUACUUCCCAUAUCAAAGCAACUUUGACAAUUUCGUCAUGCCGGUUGAGAGUUUUCUUGCUAGCAACGAUGAUCCAAUGUAUACCUAA